AUGGCACGCCGUGUCAACUGGCGCAAGAUCGGCCUGGUGGAUGUCGACGCCCUGCGUAGCAAUGGUGACAUGGGCCCGCUCCAGGAGCUGCUGGAGAAUGUGACCUUUUGCGACAUCUACACCGAGGACCUCGAGGGCGUCGACUUGAACUUUAUCAAGCUCUUCCGCCUCGCCCAACUCAUGCUGGAGCACAUCCUUCACAAGCAAGAGGACUUGCUGCACCAGCUUCAAGCUCGCGAACAGGAAGUCGCCCACCUCACCGAGGAGGCUGCGGCCGCUCACACUCGGUAUCAGGAGGAACACAAGCAACAUAAGACAGUCAAGCGCACGCUCAAGGCUUUGCAGAGCUCUGUUGGUGCAACCCAGCAAGGCAAUGCGACGUGCCAAUUUUGCGGCAAGAUUUUUGCUACGCGCCCCUUCUUGGUUGCUCACAUGCAACGCCGCCACGCCGAGUACGGCCCCUUUCCCCUGAUCGACCCGAGCGCUGAGGAUGAAAAUCGCCCGCGAGGACGCGACAAUGAGACGCACUCUGCCGCUGCCACCAACAAGGCCUUGCAAGAGCUGCAAGAACAAGUCCGGACCCUUCACGAGGCCUUGGCCCGCCAACGCGACGAGGCCGCCCGGCAACUGCAACAACAGCUGCUCAAUACCACCGUCGCACAGCAAAGCUUGCACCAGCCCUCGUCCACCGACACGGCUACCAAGGACCGCCUCACCGAGCUGGAGCGGCAACUGCGAGACGUCCAGCAGGAACAUGGCCGACAGCUGCAGUGCGUAUACCACGGGCCCAUGUUCAGCAACCCAUCGUCUUGCCCCGCUCAACUUUUUUCCCUCCCUCACGGCCAUUGUAGACAAGUUGCACGUGAUCAAGAGCGUGCUGCGGACGAGCGCGUUCGCAACUUGCAGCGACAACAUCAGGAUGCCACUUUGUUGGCCUCGGUAGCCUCACCACGCCACCGCCGCACCGUGGCCACCGAGCAAGUCGACGAGAGCAGUGACAGCGAUGACAACCGUCGACACACGGCCGGUCGCUCAGCCAAGGCAGCAGACCAGCAAUUGCAGCAACAAGUUGCCGCCCUACAACAGCAGCUGUUGAACCAACAGUCGCAGUUUCAACAGCAGCUGGAACGACAGGCAGCACAAACCCAGGCCGUCCUUCAGCAAGCCCGUGCACCCACCGAGGCGCAUGAGCGUGGAUCCAGCUCUGAACUGACGCAAACGCUUCUGCAACAACAACAGCAACUGGCUUCGAAUCUCAAUGCCUCCCAUCGACAGCGCGAACAAGAGUUGCAGACGCAACUGCGCGAGCAACAGCGGCAGUUGACAACCAUGCAGCGCAGCUUGGCUCGUGCGCAGUCACAAUCCUUUCUGUCGCCAGAUGCACCCAUCGCCGCUUCCCGGGGCAUGCACCGCUCCCGCACCUCACCAAACCUGCCCGCGGUUGUAGCAGAGCCCACGACACCCGCUCGUGGUGAUCGGAACAAGUCGCCGAGCGAAAAGCCGCGUCGCCCACCACCCCCAGCGGAUGUACGAGGGUCGACCCCGAGCAAAGACCGCGAGCCCCGGCGGGCUCGCUCUCGAAGCGCAUCAGCCGGUGUGCAACGCACUCGCUCCGUAUCCCCACCAAAACGCGGUCGUGCUGAUGAUCGGCAAGGACGCAGCCGUCAGCGCGAUGCAACCCCGAGCCGCGAUCGACCGCGCAUGACCAUGAGUCUUCCUCGCAUGCGUCUGCCGUCCUUCCUCAAGGGUCUGCGUCGGCGCACCGCAAGCACGACUGAUGUGGGCCGACGUGAGCGAGAGGAGCAAGAACGGCAAGCCACCACUUACUUGGAUGAUGUUGAUUGGGUGUCCCGCGAGAAAGUCUUUGAGGCGCGCCACGCAGUUGUGGGCAACAUCGAGCAACGCAUGGCCCUUCCCAAAGACCAAAAUGCCAUGAAGCGGUCUGACUUUGAGUAUCGUCUUGAGGGCUUGCCAGAGCCGAUGGGCAAUCGCGCCGAGAUUCGAAAUGACAUUCUGCGUGAUCUCGACGAGUUUGUUCGGGCCACGUAUGAACCGACGAUUGUUCCAACCACGCUGGCUGCACCGGCCGUGCUGCGGCUCUCCCCCGUGCCUGCCUCGCACUCUGAGCCACGCGAUACGGUAGCCCCGAUCAUCGUACAACCCGAGCCUGAGAGUGCCUCGACGCCACGCGCCAACAGCGGGGGCUCUUGGGGAGUCGAGGACGAUGACCAAGAUAUCGACGACGCUCAAACCGUGACCCGCCCUCCCAGCACCAUGCCCGCCACCCUUGUUGUUCCCAAUACCAAGGCAGACCUGCCAAGUGACGACUACGAAUGGGACUCCUCAGACGUAUCUGCCCUAAGCGACCCCCCUGUGGAUCAUGUCCUGGUCCCCGCCAACACUGGUAGUACGCCUGCUGCUAGCCGGAUCCAGGCCACAACAGUUGCUGCCGCACCUGCUGCUUCCGCCAGCAAAACGCCGGGGCGCACCACGAAACCCCCCGUGCAUGUCUUGGCCCAGAUUUUCCCAGGGUGCAGCCAGCGGCACAAGUUUGGCAUUUCAUUCAGCACUCGAGACAAUGAGUAA